AUGCCUCAACCACUGCAAAUAUCACAUCCAAACUCUAUACUUCAUGAAGGGCAAGCCUCGCCUGAGUCUACGAGCAUAACGCCACAGAACGAGAGUCUUUUCGCCUCUGAACCACUCGAGGUUCCUGUGUUUGCUUCUGCUCCUAGUCCCGAAGCCAAGGCAGUGGAGGCUGAAGAGCCUCAGGUUCAUGGCUAUGAGUUUAGGGACAUCACAAAUGCCGAUGGGGAAGUCAAGCUGUACAAGAUGGUCGUUUUCGGCCCUGCUGAUCCAGACAACCCAAAGAACUUUUCAAAGACACGCAAAUGGGUCAUCACCAUGACUCUUAGCUGGGUGUGCUUUGCUGUGGCGUUCUCCUCUGCGGUCAUCACACCCGGUAUACUGGGUGUAGCAGAGCACUUUCAUACCUCCGAAGAGGUGGCACUGCUCACUAUCACGCUGUUCGUUAUCGGCUUCGGCAUUGGACCUCUGGUGUUUAGCCCUCUCUCGGAACUCUAUGGUCGGUGGAUCGUCUACAUGACCACUUUCGGAGUCGCGAUCAUCUUCAUGGUUCCUUGCGCUGUGGCCAAAAACAUUCAGACUUUGCUCGUAUGCCGAGCAAUCGAUGGCAUUGCUAUCAGUGUACCCGUGGCCAAUUUGGGCGGGAGUCUGGCAGAUUUAUGGCAUGCCGACGAGCGGGGUGUCCCGAUGUCUAUAUUCUCUGGUGCACCAUUUUUGGGCCCUAUCAUGGGCAAGUCCUCGCAUGAGAGUGUAAAACAAGUCUGUCGAUGUCUGACUUCUGUGAUAGGUCCACUGAUCGGAGGCUUCACGUAUGAAAACCUAGGUUGGCGAUGGCUGUACUAUUUACAGGUCAUCCUUGCCGGUUUCCUUUAUGUCUGUAUGCUUCUCUUCGUGCCAGAGACUUGUGCACCGGUCAUCCUUGCGCGACGGGCGAAACGGCUACGGGAAAGCACUGGCGACAAUACUUAUAUCGCCGAGCACGACCUCACCCGACGCUCACUCAGGAACGUUGUUCAAGUAUACCUUGCUCGACCUCUGCGACUGUUACUCACCGAGCCGAUUGUGACCUUGUUCUCUCUUUAUGCAGCAGUGCUUUAUGGUCUGCUCUACAUGUAUUUCGUGGCAUACCCCAUUGUGUUCCAAGAAGGUAAAGGCAUGUCGCCAGGGAUGACGGGGUUGAUGUUUCUUCCUCUCAUGGGCGGCAUCAUUGUUGGACUAGUUGGUUCUCCUUUCGUCAACCGUCAUUACCUGACUCUCCGCGCAAAAUACGAAGGCCUGCCUCCGCCAGAAUUGCGGCUGAUUCCCAUGAUCUAUGGUUGCUGGCUGAUUCCGAUCGGCGUCUUCAUUUUUGCCUGGUCGAGUUAUCCACAUCUGAGCUGGGCUGGACCAUGUUUCGCCGGAUUGCCUAUCGGUGUGGGAUUCGUCCUGGUGUACAACUCCUUCAAUAACUACAUCGUCGACUCCUAUCAGCACACUGCAGCUUCCGCACUAGCUGCGAAGACCCUCAUUCGAUCCAUAUGGGGUGGCUGCACCGUGCUGUUUACCUCGCAGAUGUAG